AUGAAAACAUUUACCAUUUAAAAAAUUUCUGUACAGGUUCAGAGUUCUCAUUUCUCAUCCAAGAAAAUUAUGAGAAGAAGCUUCACUUCAGUGAGUGAGUUCAUUCUUCAGGGACUGACCAGUCGCCUGGAAUUACAGAUUCUCUUCUUCCUGCUGUUUCUGGCCAUUUACAUGGUCACAGUGGAAGGGAAUCUAGGCAUGAUUAUACUCAUCCAGGUGAACACCCGGCUCCACACACCCAUGUACUUUUUCCUGAGUCACUUAUCCUUCGUAGAUCUGUGCUUCUCCACCAGUGUGACUCCAAAGAUGCUGGAGACUUUCCUCUCAAAGAAAAAAACCAUUUCCUAUCCUGCUUGUCUGCUGCAGCGUUACUUCUUCAUCGCCUUGGUCCACGUAGAGAUCUAUGUCCUGGCCUUGAUGGCCUUUGACCGGUACAUGGCCAUCUGCGACCCUCUACUUUAUGGCAGCAAAAUGUCCAAAAGUGUCUGCACACCCCUCAUCAUGGUGCCUUAUGUGUAUGGAGCUCUCACUGGCCUGAUGGAGACCAUGAGGACCUACAACCUGGCCUUCUGUGGCCCCAAUGAGAUGAAUCACUUCUACUGUGGUGACCCUCCGCUGAUGAAGCUGGCUUGUUCUGACACCUACAACAAAGAGCUAUCCAUGUUUGUUGUGGCUGGUUUCAACUUCAGCUAUUCUCUCCUCAUCAUCCUCAUCUCUUACAUCUACAUAUUUUCAGCCACUUUGAGGAUUCGAUCUACAGCGGGUACGCGCAAAGCUUUCUCUACCUGUGGUUCCCAUCUGACAGCCAUUACCAUUUUCUGUGCAGCUCUUUUCUUUAUGCAUCUCAGACCUCCCUCAGAAGAAUCUGUGUAACAGGGAAAAAUGAUGGCUGUGUUUUAUACCACAGUGAUCCCCAUGUUGAAUCCCAUGAUCUACAGUCUGAAGAACAAAGAUGUGACAGAAGUGUUAACUAAAGAACUGUUCAGAAGAAAAUAAACUUCAGUGCUCCUAUUGGCUAGGUGUUUUUUAUUUGCUUUUUUAAAAAAAAUUUAUAUGU